AGCCUCCGGCCCCUGAGGCCCGGCCAGGGCGCGGUGGAGCCGACCCUUUUCCCACGGUGCUACGGGCGAGGCCGCCGCCCAGGCCGAGGACCAUGAGGAGCGGGGCUCCUUCCCUACCGCUUCCAUUCCCGUGCGGGAAGAAAUGACCACCCCAAACAAGACCCCACCUGGUGCUGAUCCAAAGCAGUUAGAGAGGACUGGUACUGUUAGAGAAAUAGGCUCACAAGCAGUUUGGUCUCUUUCAUCCUGUAAGCCAGGGUUUGGAGUGGACCAGUUACGAGAUGAUAAUCUAGAAACUUACUGGCAGUCAGAUGGAUCACAGCCUCAUUUGGUGAACAUCCAAUUUAGAAGAAAAACAACAGUGAAGACCUUAUGUAUUUAUGCAGACUACAAAUCUGAUGAAAGUUACACUCCAAGCAAGAUCUCUGUCAGAGUAGGAAAUAAUUUUCAUAAUCUCCAGGAAAUCCGGCAACUGGAAUUAGUGGAACCCAGUGGAUGGAUCCAUGUUCCUCUAACAGAUACCCACAAGAAGCCCAUUCGCACCUUUAUGAUUCAGAUUGCUGUUCUAGCAAAUCACCAAAAUGGAAGAGACACUCACAUGAGGCAAAUCAAAGUGUACACCCCUGUGGAGGAGAGCUCCAUUGGUAAAUUCCCCAGGUGUACAACAAUUGAUUUCAUGAUGUAUCGCUCCAUCAGAUAAAAUUUCCUCAUGAGGAACAAUUAAGGUAUUUUUUCAUGACCAUAUCAUUGCUAAAGUAUUCAGAUACUUAAAGAGCAGGGUUUACUUCAGUGUAAUUAUAUCUUUAUGUUUAUACUUUGUACAAUUUUGAAAUAAAGAUAAUCUUGUGUUAA